CUCUAGCAUGCCAUUUGUUUCUCCUUACGGAGGAUUGGAUUUGUCAGUUUCAACUAACAUCUUAGCUUUCCAGUUGCUUUGCUGCUGAGGAUUAACCCUUUCUCUGCAGUGCUGCAUAAAAAAGAUUAGUAUGAUGCCAGGGAAGAAAAGGCUGAGCAUUAAUGCGCUGGCACAGCAAGGGGGAGCCGUUUGUGAGGGCUGUGCAGCUUUCCCCCCUUCAGGGAUUAUUCUGGAAAAAAGAAAGAAAACUGAAAGCUGAACUCCUUUGGGAAGGCCUUUACUCCAUCUUCACUCCUGUAACCCAGCAACAACGGUCCACCAAUCAGCUUUGCUCAAUGGCAGAAGUAGAGUUUUGCUUGCAGUCCUUUCUUCCUUCUCCCUUGGAACUGUCCUCACCAGCCUCAUUACUGCAAGCCUGAUCUCCUUUCUCACUCUGACAUCUUCGAGCCCAUUAGGAGAUGGACCUGCAAGUAUAUCUGUUAUGGGGUGAUGUGGUGUCUGUUUGGGGGACCUGACUGUAAACUGACAGAUUAAGUGUGUGGAGUGUAGAAUGAAAAUGCAUGGUUGAAACUGACAACGCAGGGAGGAAGGAGUUAAAGAUGGCCCAAGUGAUGCUUCAGUAGACAGGCAGCAUGUAAGGAACAUGUCUGUCUGCUGCCUGUAUAUUUGCAAGAUAUAACCAUCUGUCUACCAAGGUCCUUCUGCCUAUGGGGGAAUCCCUAGCCACACCUAUUUCAGAUUUUUGUUUUUUUAACAAAGUCCUUGCCUUGCUGGAAUUUGGUGCAUCCUAGUUUUAUUCUUAAACUAUCAAGGAAUUGUCAGAUUUUAUUUAAACCCAUCUGUCAGAUUUUAGGGAAAAUACCAAGCUGCAUCUCCUGUGAUCAAGAGGCUGCUAAGGAUUUAGUGUGCUCUGAGACCAAGUCGUGAAGAGGCGCAGACUGUUCAGCUGGCACAAUGUUCCGCAAGAAGAAGAAGAAACGCCCCGAGAUCUCUGCUCCACAGAACUUUGAGCACCGUGUGCACACUUCAUUUGACCCAAAGGAGGGGAAAUUUAUUGGCUUGCCUCCUCAAUGGCAGAAUAUCCUGGAUACCCUGAAACGGCCCAAACCAGUCGUCGACCCUUCUAGGAUCACCAGGGUGCAGCUUCAGCCUAUGAAGACGGUUGUCAGAGCCAGCACCUUUGAAGUGGAAGGAUAUAUAACGGGGAUACUCAAUGACAUCCAGAAGCUCUCCCUUAUCAGUUCUAAUACCCUGAGGGGGAAGAGUCCCACUAGUAGGAGACGAGCCCAAUCACUAGGACUGCUGGGAGAAGAUGGACCCACUGACAUGUACCUACAGUACCCCGAAGCGGAUUGGGCAGACAAAUAUGGAAACUACCUCAACUGCAAUGGUGGCACCAAAUCAGCUCGGAGGCAGACCUUAUGGCCAGAUUAUAAACCCAUGUUGGAUGGUGAGGUACAUUCCAAUGGCCUAGUAAUGAAAGCGCAGUCCCUCGGUCCUUCGGAAUUCCAGGGGGCAAACAGUCGCUUUGCCCCACUCUCUUCAGGUUUUCAACAGCAGCAGCAAUACAUCCCCGUUUCUGAGGUAAACAGAGAACAUUUUGGAAGGAGAAGCUCAGAAGAACACUAUGCUCAGCCUUGCCAGGUGGGGCAGGCUAAUACAAGGCCUUCUGGGGAAGGGAGUCCUGGUUCCAAAUCAAGAGAAAACAGCUUGAAGCGGAGGCUAUUACGGAGUGUUUUCCCCUCAUCCAGUGCCUCAAACAAGACUGGAAGCAACCAACAGAUAAAGUCCAAUCCCUUCUUCAGGCAGCCACAGCACUGGGGUUCACCAAGCAGCCCAGCAGCCAAAUCCCAGUCACUUCCCUCUGACCAGCCGGUGCCCGAUUAUGCUAGGAUUUCAGAAGCUGGCACCCCUCAGAAAUCUUCAACAGCUGAGAAUGCAACAGUCUUGCCCCAGGGCAGGCCAUCACCUGCAGGAUCCCCACGAAACAGACACACACAAACCAGUUCCAGCAACCUUCACCUUCCCUUGGACUCUAAAGCACAGCCAGCCAAUGAAGAUCCAGUAGUUGUGACUCAUGAGCAGUUCAAAGCUGCACUGAGGAUGGUGGUGGACCAAGGUGAUCCCAGAACAAUGUUGGAAAACUACGUUAAGAUUGGUGAGGGAUCUACGGGUAUUGUCUGCAUUGCUCGUGAAAAGCACUCUGGGCGGCAGGUGGCAGUAAAGAUGAUGGACCUACGAAAGCAGCAGCGACGAGAGCUCCUUUUUAAUGAGGUGGUGAUAAUGAGAGACUACCAGCAUGACAAUGUAGUAGAGAUGUAUAAAAGCUAUCUCGUGGGUGAUGAACUCUGGGUGCUGAUGGAAUUUCUCCAGGGAGGAGCCCUCACAGAUAUUCUGUCCCAAAUCAGGUUGAAUGAAGAGCAAAUUGCUACGGUGUGUGAGUCAGUGCUGCAGGCACUUUCCUACCUGCAUUCCCAAGGUGUGAUUCACAGAGAUAUUAAGAGUGACUCCAUUCUCCUGACCCUAGAUGGAAGGGUUAAGCUCUCUGAUUUUGGCUUCUGUGCUCAAAUCAGUAAGGAUGUGCCAAAAAGGAAGUCCCUAGUAGGAACACCCUACUGGAUGGCUCCAGAGGUUAUUUCAAGGUGUCCGUACACCACUGAGGUUGAUAUCUGGUCUUUGGGAAUCAUGGUGAUAGAGAUGGUGGAUGGAGAACCUCCUUAUUUUAGUGACUCUCCAGUCCAAGCAAUGAAGAGGCUCCGUGAUAGCCCUCCUCCCAAAAUAAAGAAUUUUCAUAAGACGUCUCCAGUUUUAAGAGACUUCUUGGAACGGAUGUUAACACGAGACCCCUUAGAGCGAGCAACAGCCCAAGAACUCCUGGAUCAUCCCUUUUUGCUCCAGAGUGGACUUCCAGAGUGCCUGGCGCCCCUUAUUCAGCAGUAUAGGAAACACACCUCCACUUGCUGACCCUAAACUGAAGGCGUUCCCAGUAUCUUAGUAUUUAAAUGCAAUCUUUCUCUUGGAAAUACUAACUGGAUUAGGACAGGAUCAAGGGCAGCCUAGCCCUGUGAAGACUAUGUGAAACUUGACAGUGUUCUUCUGAAGAUGUGAAUGUGAGGGAAUUUUCAUCAUCCUUAGCUGCUUUUUAAUGUUUACUUUUUGCUGAAGACAAUCAAAAACUGGAUUCCUACAAAUCACAACAGUAAUUAUUAUAUUGUGAAAUUUCUGGAUUGCUCACGUUUCACUCAGACACAUGGCAUUUGUAAGAUGACUCUUGCAAGUUGGGUUGUAUAUAUCUGCAAGCUUCCAGAGAUGUUAAGUACAACCUACUGAACUGAAACAAUGUUCCUCAGAAGCAGAAUUAUGAAUGAUCUUUGUUCUUUAAUAUUGACUGUAAGGCACACAUCCUCACUCUUACCCUGACAUCUCACUUGAGAGUAUUUAGCUCUGUUACAUAAGGAUCUUUUAACCAUUUCCUUUCAAAUAGUUUCCCCGUUGCUUUUGUUUCUUCCCACAAGAAUGAAUAAUGUUGGACCUAUGGUUUUUUCAAAAGUUUAAGAAUGGUCUGUCAUUUCACAACUGCAAACAUCUGGAGAGCGGCACUCCAUGACAGACACGUCUCCAGAAACACUAAAACCUUAAGCUUGAAACUUCAUGGUAUGGGAUCACAGUGCCUUCUCUAGCAAUGACUGAAAUGGAAGGCAGUACAAGGAUUGUCCAAAUAAGAAUAUUGGUUUGCUAGUUAUCAGGGCUGCUCGAAGUACACGGGACUUGUCAAGGAACACUGCUCUGAGGCAGCUAUAGGGUGGUGUUUUAUACCAGCUUUGAAUUCUGUAGCAAGGUAAAUGAAAUGUUGAAGCUCUCCUGUUUAUUCCAUUGAAAGGUGUUUGUUUUGCUGAUGAGAAUGUUUAGUCUCUACCUCCCAUGUUUCUAAGAGCAGGGGAAAUGCAUGGAACAGAGUUUUGUAUGUGCUCAUGAAUCUAUACACUCCUGGAUGUAGGUGGGCCACUUUUAAUAUUCUUUUCUAAAGUCAAUGCAGAAAUUUUGUAUGACACGUCUUAUCAGUGUAAGGUCAAGGUCACUGGACACUUAGUUUAGGUUGUUAUUAUGUGCAUUAUGAUGUGGAGAGUGAUGGUGACAUAUCUGACAUUCAGUCUUGUGAAACAGAUGUUUGCAUUUGAACUACAAGGGGUUGUAGAAAAGUGGGAGGGGGAUUUGGAGAGGGUCAAGUUUCACUUCUACUGCCUCAGAACUGCGACAACAGUUAAAAAAAAAAACUUGAAAUGCUGGGGACCUUUCUGUUGUAAAAUAUUUCUGUGUAUUCCAAGAUUCUGUGUAAAAAAGAAAAAAAGGGAAGGUUUCUUUUUUUAAUGUCUAAUGAUCUGAAACGUUUCUUUUUUGUGUGAGUUGUUUGCAUUUGUUGUUUUAAAUUAAAAUGACUUUUUGAUUCUUCAUAAA